AUGAAUAAUUCAACAGGCUGUUCGGCCAAUGCAACGGUUUGCAACGGGUCGUCCUGCGUACUGCCUGAGAGCAAUUUCAAUAACAUUCUCAGUGUGGUCCUGAGCACUGUCUUGACGGUCCUCUUGGCCAUGGUGAUGUUCUCUAUGGGAUGCAAUGUGGAAAUCAAGAAAUUCCUAGGACACAUAAAGCGGCCGUGGGGCAUUUGCGUCGGCUUCCUCUGUCAGUUCGGAAUCAUGCCCCUCACGGGAUUCAUCCUGUCAGUGGCCUUUGACGUCCUUCCCGUCCAAGCCGUAGUGGUGCUCAUCAUGGGAUGUUGUCCUGGAGGAACUGCCUCCAAUAUCUUGGCCUACUGGGUCGAUGGGGACAUGGACUUGAGCGUCAGUAUGACCACAUGCUCCACGCUGCUCGCCCUGGGAAUGAUGCCGCUAUGCCUCUUUAUCUAUACCAAAAUGUGGGUCGACUCUGGGACCAUCAUAAUUCCCUUUGAUAACAUAGGUACGUCUUUGGUCGCUCUCGUUGUUCCUGUUUCCGCUGGAAUAUUUGUUAAUCACAAAUGGCCCCACAAAGCCAAGAUCAUUCUUAAGAUUGGCUCCAUCACUGGUGCAAUCCUCAUCGUGCUCAUAGCUGUCAUUGGAGGAAUUCUAUAUCAGAGCGCCUGGAUCAUCGCUCCCAAACUGUGGAUUAUAGGAAUGUUAUUUCCUCUGGCCGGUUACUCUCUAGGGUUUUUACUGGCUAGAAUAGCUGGUCAGUCCUGGCACAGGUGCCGGACGGUUGCUCUGGAAACGGGGAUGCAGAACACCCAGCUGUGCUCCACCAUCGUGCAGCUCUCCUUCACCCAGGAGGAGCUCAACCUCGUGUUCACUUUCCCGCUCAUCUACAGCAUCUUCCAGCUCGCCUUUGCAGGGAUCUUCUUAGGCAUUUAUGUGGCGUACAAGAAAUGUCAUGGAAAAAACAAUGUGGAAAUUCCAGACAGCAAAGACAUCGGAACAGUCUCUGAGUCAUCGCUCUCUAAGGUGAACAGAGGAUUUCAGCCAGAUGACAAGUAGACACCAAGCGGACAAAAAAGAAGAAUUCUAAAGUACACUGUUCUGCGAUAACAGUAUCUGUUUGUUUUUGAUCGGAUAUUUGGCGGGAAAUGGUUAAAGUGAAAAUUUAGAUUCCCA